AUUAAAAAAUGUCUGGACAAGAUCAAUGUGAAUUUUUUGUUGAAAGAAAAAAACGCUUUUGUCGAAUGACAGUGAAGAAGGGCAAGAGAUUUUGUGGUGAACAUGAAUCUAUUCAAGAUGGAAUUGUAUGUACUGAUGAAAGGGUGGCCUGUCCACUUGAUCCAACCCAUUCUUGUUACAAAUCCAAAUUGCCUAAGCAUUUAAAAGUAUGCAAUGCCAAAAUUAAACAAGACAUGCAGCCACCAUAUGUUAUCAGAGGAUUUAACUUAACGGAUAAAACAACACAGGCUAACCAUGUUCCUCUGUCAGAAAUUGACCAGGAUGCAGUUAAUAUCGUUUUAGCAAAGAUUAAAAAUUCGUAUGAUAAACUACCAGAGAUACCUGAGGAAAUAUUACAACACAAAGUAUUAGAAGAAGAAUUAAAUGAUCCAAUUUACGGUAAUGAAGCCAAAAGACACCUACUUCAAACAGCAUCAUUACUUGGACACUUGGCUCAAGCCAACCUUAUUUGUGAGAAUACAUGUUUUAUUGAAUUUGGUGCUGGUAGAGGAAAGUUGACUUACUGGUUGGGUCAAGCCGUGAAAAACCAACCAAAUACGUCAAUUCUGUUGAUUGACCGUUCUAAUCACAGACACAAAAAGGAUAACAAAUUGAGAAACGAGGAAUCGGACUUCAAAGUGAUUCGAGUUCACGCGGAUAUCGCGGACUUGAAAUUAAGCGACGUUCCAGAAGUUAGAAACACCAAAGCCCAAGUUGCGGUUGCAAAACAUUUAUGCGGCGUCGCUACAGAUUUAACUCUACGCUGCUUGACGAAUUCACUGAAAGACAAUCCAAGCUCAAAAGUUGGAAUAGUAAUAGCGUUUUGCUGCCACCACCAAUGCGAAUAUUCUCAAUUCGUUGGCCAUAAGUACUUGGAAAGCGAAACUUUCACAAAAGAUGAAUUCCCGAUUCUCUGUAAAAUAGCCAGCUGGGCAACCUGCGGCAUCAAACAAAACACCCAAAACGACGACUCGGCGCGGGAAAUCAUGGGCAGAAAAGUGAAAACGCUAUUAAACUGGGCUAGACUGGAAUAUUUGAAAUCUCGCGGAUUUACCGGGCGACUGGUAAACUACGUAACCACCGACGUUACACUUGAAAAUGCUUGCAUAGUCGCCACUUACGCGAAGGUACAAAAAGAAGAUCGUUAA